UAAAAAAUCUUGCAGCUUAGGUGCUAUGCUUACAGUCAGUUACGUCUACGUAUUGGCUUUGUUUUUACUGUGUUGUUUAUUUCGAUGGCGGCAACGUCCAAAAAAAUUCCCACCCGGCCCGCUUGGAAUCCCAAUCUUAGGCAUUACGCCGUUCGUUGGGUCUCGUAUGGAGAAAUACCUCGCCAGCUAUUAUGCCAAAUACGGGGGCGUGAUGUCGUUUCGACUUGCAACAAAAGACUGGAUUAUACUAAACGACAUUGAAGCAAUAACACAGGCUUAUUCUAAGCAAGGAGAGAGUUUCUCUGGUCGUCCACAGUCAUAUCUGUUUGAUAAGUUGACUGAAGGCUGUGGUAUUGCGUUUGCAAAUGGACCAAGAUGGCAAGAACAGCGACGAUUCGUGCUAACAGCACUGAAAACUUUGGGAAUGGGAAAGAAAGGAAUGGAAGAAAUAAUAAAAACAGAGAAUCAACACUUCAUAUCCGUGAUUCAAAAUUCGGGCGGGAAAGUUCAUAUUUUAAAAGAAAUAAGAAGACUCGAGGCAAAUAUUAUCAGUAAAGUGUUAAUUGGCAAAAGGUUUGAUUAUACAGAUGAACGAUUAAAUUCCAUUAUUGACUGCAGGCCAACUAGCAGCGUUGUACUUUCACUGCCUUUUCUUCGAUUUAUUCCACCGUUUCGAGAAUCAUACAAGAAACUGGUCUCCAAUACUCAGCACGUAAUAAGCAAGUGAUGUUUAUAUGUAUUUUAACGUCUACUGUUAAAUAUAUAGUAGGUUAGAGUAAAAUUGUCUAUAUUUUUAAUCUCUAAACAGACAAUAUUGACAGAAUAAUAUAAUCUCAUUUUUACGACUCUUAAAAGGAUUUGUGUAAAUAGUUAAAAACACAAGUAGGAAAUAUGCAAUAAUAUGUGUUAAGGGUAUUCAAUUUACCCCACCCGAAUAUGCCAAAACUAAUACUUACGAAAUUGUACAGACAUCAUUCGAAAACUAACUAAUGAGCAUGAAACACCUGAUGAAGCAAACCCGAAAGAUUUAACCGAAAUAUUUCUAUCAGAAAUAGAAGCGAAGAAAAGGAGAAUUCUUCUCGAAGAUACAGUUGUAUCAUUUGAUCCGAGAUAUAUUUGUGGGUGGUAUUGACACGACAACAGCUACUUUAGGAUGGGGAAUCAUAUGUUUACUACAUUACCCGGAAUGCCAAAUGAGAAUACAGGAAGAAAUAGAAGAUGUUAUCGGUAAUUCCGAACCAGAUAUGACACAUCAAAAACACAUGCCGUAUCUUCGUGCUUUUGUACAAGAAGUCCACAGAUAUUGCACCAUAGCUCCGUUCAGUAUUCCCCACUGCGUCACUGAAGACUGCGUUCUUUUUGGUUACCACAUACCGAAGUCGACACCGGUGAUGAGCAAUAUAUGGAGAGUCCACAACGAUCCGAAAUAUUGGAAAAAUCCGGAGAAAUUUUCCCCUGAACGUCACUUAGAUUUAGAAGGUCGAUUCGUUCCAUCUAAUCGUGUUCUGCCAUUUGCUGUCGGCCAAAGACGCUGCGUUGGAGAACAAAUGGCAAAGGUUGGUCUGUUUCUAUUCUGGGCUUCAUUUUUGCAGAAAUGCGAAAUUCACAUUGACUCUGACUUUGGUUUACCUAGUUGGAAGAAAGAACCUUCUGGAACCGUGCGAUCUCCACAGGAGUUUACAAUCAAAGUUCGAAAUCGUUUACAGAAUAACUAAACAGUAUAGAUUCGUAUAAAGUUAACUUGCUGUACAAAUAAAUCAUUACUUUUAUCGUAUAUCCUAAA